GUACUUAAUUUAAUUAAGUUGGAAUAUCAAAGUUUGAUCAGCGAUCGGGUGUUCAGCUGUACUUAUUGUUAGUUGGCGAAGAGGAGUGCACGCAUAUAUAGCCAAAUCCUAUGAGUUGUACUUCACUGCAUUUAUUAUAAAUACAUAUGAUAUUAAUACAUAUGUGCUUAACGUAUAUGUAUAGUCUGUAGUGUCCUGGAUAAAACUCACUCAGCAAGAAUUGACCAUCAUCAUUUCAACUUUUGAACCCAUGUGUAGUAAAUAGCUACCAGUCAUCAGCCUCUGGUCCAGCCUUCACUUUCAUGUCAUUCAAUAUUAACUAGUUCCAGAAUCUGCGGUAAAAUAGCUCCUGCUAACAACAUUUAUUUAUUUUACGUAUUUUAUCUAGCGCAUUUAAAAUUUUUAGCAAAAUGCCUGGAGUUGUCCCUAAUGAGGGGCCAAGUGUUUGCAUCAUAGGAGCUGGAUUCUCCGGCCUUUGUGGAGCAAUCAAACUGAUUCAAGAAGUGGGAACAACCAACUUUGAGAUAUUUGAAAUGAACAAAGACAUCGGAGGAACUUGGCUUUGCAACACAUAUCCUGGAUGUGCAUGUGACAUCCCAAUCCACUCGUACUGCUUCUCAUUUGAGAAGAGAGCAGACUGGAGAGCACAGUAUGCCACGAACAAGGAGAUUUUCAAAUAUCUGCAGGAAGUAUCGUCCAAAUAUGAUUUGUACUCCAAAAUACGAUUUGAACAUUGUAUACAGCGACUACAAUGGGACAACGAAUUGCAAGCGUGGCUAGUCACCAUACAAAAUAAUCGUGGAACCGUUAUAACAAAAAAAUUUGACAUCGUGAUUAGUGCAACCGGAUCAAUUAGACUGCCAAAAAUUCCCGAGCAGUUUAAAAACUUCAAGGGACCAAUUUUACACACUGCAAAAUGGGACGAGUCUGUGGACCUGAUAAAUCGUCGAGUAGCCGUAGUUGGGACUGGAGCUAGCGGAAUACAAGUGAUUCCUCAAGUUUCUAAAUAUGCCACAGACCUAUUUGUCUUCCAGAGGAAACCGUCCUGGAUUUUUCCAAAGAUAGAUUUUGAGUUUGGAAGAAUAACCAAAUUUUUAUUUCGGUACAUUCCGUUCCUUUUAACCCUGUAUCAUAUGGUAUUAUUCUUUUUAAUGGAACUAGUGUGGUACGCCAUGCGAAAAAACUCGUGGGCAUCAAAACAAGCGACAAAGGUUUGCAACGCAUUCAGAAAAAAACAGUUGGGAAAACGUAAAGAUUUGUACGAUAAGUUAACUCCGGCUUACGACUUUGGGUGUCAGCGCACCGCAUUUGCGUCGGACUAUUAUCCUGUGUUCACUAAGGCAAACACGUCUCUGAUUACUGAAAAAAUUGACUCGGUCACAACAGACUCCAUAAUCACUGGAGAUGGCAGCAAAUAUGAAAUCGAUGCAAUCGUCUUGGCGACUGGAUUUCGAAUUACAGAUUAUUUUGCUCCAAUGGAAAUUAUUGACAAGAACGGUGAUAACGUGUUGCCGCAGUGGAAGAAAGAUGCACCAUCGCUUUUUUUAGGCAUAGCCAGUCAUAACCUGCCUAACUUGUUCAUACUUUAUGGACCGAAUACAUCCACUGGUCACAACAGCGUUGUGCUAACCGUUGAAAUGCAGAUGGAAUGGGUUGUAUCCUGCUUACGAAAAAUGAUUGAUCGAAAAGCAAAAGUUGUAUCAAUCAAUGAAUCCGCAGUUCGAAAUUAUAUGAAACAACUACGAGACCAGUUUCGCCUAAUGGUUUGGGAUGCAUCGCUAUGUUCGCCUUGGUAUACGGAUGAACUUGGGAGAAACGUGUCAAUAUAUCCAUGGCAGUUGUCCCAUUUCUCCAAACAAGUCAGAACAUUCAACUACAAUCAAUUAGACUUUCAAUGAAAAACGAGACAUGUUUAAAUUUGAACACUAAAUGAAUAUCGCUAAAUGAUUAAUGACACCACAAGCAAAACAUGUCACAUGCAACCAUAAUAGCAUUUAAAACUUGGGGAAUAAAUUAUCAAAACUUAA